GAAGACGUUGACUUAUAUUAUGCACAACUUGUGUAAAUAAAAAGUGUUGGCUUCAUAUCAGUUUAUGCAAACAACUCACCUAAUUGAUAAUCUUCAUGGCUUCCUCCGGUUCUUCUUCCAUAUCUAACAAUGAUAUCAAUCCAAGCUGCAUCUACGAUGUGUUUUUGAGUUUCUGUGACAAAGACACUAGUGAAUCUCUUGCAUCAUAUCUUUAUACUGCUCUCACAGUGGCCGGAAUUGUUGUUUACAAGGACGAAGACAAGCUUUUAAAUCAUGAUCAGAUGAUAACAUCCUCAGUUCUGCAUGCAAUUGCAGGUUCUAGAUUGUCUAUUAUUGUUUUCUCAAAACUUUAUGCUGUUUCAACAUGUUGUCGGCAAGAGUUGGAGAAAAUAAUGGAGUGCCGCAGAACCACAUGUCAGAUUGUUGUACCAGUGUUCUAUGAUGCGGAUCCCUCUGGUGUAUUUCAUCAGGAAGACCUGCUUGGAGAAGCUUCUAAAUAUCUCAAACAAAGAAUUUUGAAGAAAGACAAGUUGAUUCAUGAAGUUUGCAACAUUUCAGGAUUUGCUGUGCAUUCCAGGAAUGAAAGUGAGGAUAUCAUGAAAAUAGUAGACCAUGUUACUAAUUUACUAGACAGAACAGACUUAUUUGUUGCGGACCAUCCGGUGGGGGUAAAGUCUCGUGUUCAAGAUAUCAUUCAACUAUUGAACAGUCAAGAAUCAAAAUCCCCUUUACUGCUCGGAGUAUGGGGCAUGGGAGGGAUCGGCAAAACAACAAUUGCUAAAGCUGCUUAUAAUAAAAUUCAUCACGAUUUUGAGGCGAAGAGUUUCCUCCCAAAUGUCAGGGAAGUCUGGGAACAAGAUAAUGGCGUAGUUUCUCUACAACAACAACUCCUUUCUGAUAUCUACAAAACAACAAAAAUAAAGAUAGAUACAGUUGAAUCAGGAAAAAUGAUAUUGCAGGAAAGACUUCGUCAUAAGAGGAUAUUUCUUGUGCUGGACGAUGUGAAUAAACUGGACCAAUUGAAUGCUUUGUGCGGAAGUCACGGAUGGUUUGGUGAAGGAAGUAGAAUAAUCAUCACAACAAGAGAUGAUGAUUUACUUGGUAGGCUUAAAGUUCACUAUGUGUAUAGAAUGAAAGAAAUGGACAGCAAUGAAUCUCUUGAGCUUUUUAGUUGGCAUGCAUUCAAACAACCAAUUCCUAUAGAAGGUUUUGGUGAGCUUUCUACUGAUGUUGUUAAGUACUCUAGGGGAUUGCCUCUAGCUCUUCAAGUCAUUGGGUCCUUUUUGUUGACCAGGCGAAGAAAAAAAGUGUGGAAGCGUGUAUUGGAGAAACUCACAAAACCUGAUGAUAAAAUACAGGAGGUGCUGAAAUUGAUUUUUGAUAAUUUAUCCGACAAUAUCAAAGAAACAUUCUUGGAUAUAGCUUGUUUGAACUUAAGUGGGAUGUCCUUGGAUGAUUUACUUCAGAUCUUCCAAAAGGAUGUGCAUUUCACAGAACUUGGAAUGGAGGAACUCGUAAUUAAUGGCCUUGUAAAUUUAGAUAGUGAGAAAAGGAUUGGAAUGCAUGACUUGGUACAACUGUUUGGAAGAGAAAUUAGACAGGAAAAAUCAACGGGUAUGGCUGCGGGAGGGAUUUACGAUGUCUUCUUGAGUUUCCGGGGCGACGACACUCAUGCAAAAUUCAUUUCACAUCUCUAUACGGCCCUUGAAAAUGCUGGAAUUUAUGUUUUUAGAGGCGAUGAUGAGAUUCAACGAGGUGAUCAGGUCUCAGUGUCAUUGUUGCAAGCCAUAGGACAGUCUAGAAUUUCUAUCAUUGUUUUGUCUAGAAACUAUGCUAAUUCAAGAUGGUGUAUGCUAGAGCUGGAGAAUAUCAUGGGCAAUAGCAGAACCCAGGGUAUGGUGGUUGUACCAGUGUUCUAUAAAAUAGAUCCCACAGAAGUACGCAAUCAGUCGGGAAGGUUUGGUGAAGAUUUUGAAUCACUCUUAUUAAGAAUGUCGGUGGAUACACACAAGUUUAGUAACUGGAGAAGAGCACUUGCUGAAGUUCGUGGUACAACAGGUGUUGUCAUCAUAAAUUCCAGGAAUGAAAGUGAGGAUAUCACGAAAAUAGUAGACCAUGUUACUAAUUUACUAGACAGAACAGACUUUUUUGUUGUGGACCAUCCAGUGGGGGUAGAUUCUCGUGUUCAAGAUGUUAUUCAACUAUUGAACGGUCAAGAAUCAAAAGACCCUCGACUGCUCGGAAUAUGGGGCAUGGGAGGGAUCGGCAAAACAACAAUUGCUAAAGCUGCUUAUAAUAAAAUUCAUCGGGAUUUUGAGGCGAAAAGUUUCCUCCUAAAUGUCAGGGAAGUUUGGGAACAAGAUAAUGGCAUAGUUUCUCUACAACAACGACUCCUUUCUGAUAUCUACAAAACAACAAAAAUAAAGAUAGAAACAGUUGAAUCAGGAAAAAUGAUAUUGCAGGAAAGACUUUGUCAUAAGAGGAUAUUUCUUGUGCUGGACGAUGUGAAUAAACUGGACCAAUUGAAUGCUUUGUGCGGAAGUCACGGAUGGUUUGGUGAAGGAAGUAGAAUAAUCAUCACAACAAGAGAUGAUGAUUUACUUGGUAGGCUUAAAGUUCACUAUGUGUAUAGAAUGAAAGAAAUGGACAGCAAUGAAUCUCUUGAGCUUUUCAGUUGGCAUGUAUUCAAGCAACCAAUUCCUAUAGAAGGUUUUGGUGACCUUUCUACUGAUGUUGUUAAGUACUCUGGGGGAUCGCCUCUAGCUCUUGAAGUCAUUGGGUCCUUUUUGUUGACUAGGCGAAGCAAAAAAGAGUGGAAGAGUAUAUUGGAGAAACUCACAAAACCUGAUGUUAAAUUAAUACCGGACAUGCUGAGGUUGAGUUUUGAUAAUUUAUCUGACAAUAUCAAAGAAACAUUCUUGGAUAUAGCUUGUUUGAACUUAAGUGGGAUGUCCUUGGAUGAUUUAAUUCAGAUAUUCAAAAAGGAUGUGCAUUUCAAAGAACUUGGAAUGGAGGAACUCGUAACUAUAAGCCUUGUACAGAUAGACAGUGAGAAAAGGAUUGAAAGGGAUGAUUUGCUACAACUGUUAGGAAGAGAAAUUAGAAAGGAAAAAUCAACGGCUAUGGCUGCGGGAAGGAUUUACGAUGUCUUCUUGAGUUUCCGAGGGAACGACACUCGUGCAAAAUUCAUUUCACAUCUCUAUACAGCUCUUGAAAAUGCUGGAAUUUAUGUUUUUAGAGAUGAUGAUGAGAUUCAACGAGGUGAUCAGAUCUCAGCGUCAUUGUUGCAAGCAAUUGAGCAGUCUAAAAUUUCUAUCGUUGUUUUGUCUAGAAGCUAUGCUGAUUCAAGAUGGUGUAUGCUAGAGCUGGAGAACAUCAUGGGCAAUAGCAGAACCCAGGGUAUGGUGGUUGUACCAGUGUUCUAUGAAAUAGAUCCCUCAGAGGUACGCAAUCAGUCGGGAAAGUUUGGUGAAGAUUUUGAAUCUCUCUUAUUAAGAACGUCAGUGGAUACACUCAAGUUGAGUAACUGGAAAACAGCACUUGCCGAAGUUGGUGGUACAGCAGGUGUUGUCAUCAUAAAUUCCAGGAAUGAAAGUGAGGAUAUCAGGAAAAUAGUAGACCAUGUUACUAAUUUACCAGACAGAACAGACUUAUUCGUUGCAGACCAUCCAGUGGGGGUAGAUUCUCGUGUUCAAGAUGUUAUUCAACUACUGAACAAUCAAGAAUCAAAAGACCCUUUACUGCUUGGAAUAUGGGGCAUGGGAGGGAUCGGCAAAACAACAAUUGCUAAAGCUGCUUAUAAUAAAAUUCGUCACGAUUUUGAGGCGAAGAGUUUCCUCCUAAAUGUCAGGGAAGUUUGGGAACAAGAUAAUGGUGUAGUUUCUCUACAACAACGACUCCUUUCUGAUAUCUACAAAACAACAAAAAUAAAGAUAGAAACAGUUGAAUCAGGAAAAAUGAUAUUGCAGGAAAGACUUCGUCAUAAGAGGAUAUUUCUUGUGCUUGACGAUGUGAAUAAAGUGGACCAAUUGAAUGCUUUGUGUGGAAGUCAUGAAUGGUUUGGUGAAGGAAGUAGAAUAAUGAUCACUACAAGAGAUGAUGAUUUACUUAGUAGGCUUAAAGUUGACUAUGUGUAUAGAAUGAAAGAAAUGGAUGGCAAUGAAUCUCUUGAGCUUUUUAGUUGGCAUGCAUUCAAGCAACCAAUUCCUAUAGAAGGUUUUGGUGACCUUUCUACCGAUGUUGUUAUGUACUCUGGGGGAUUGCCUAUAGCUCUUCAAGUCAUUGGGUCCUUUUUGUUGACCAGGCGAAGGAAAAAAGAGUGGAAGAGUGUAUUGGAGAAACUAAAACUCAUUCCCAAUGAUGAAGUGUUAGAGAAGCUCAAAAUAAGCUUUGAUGGUUUAAGUGAUGAUGAUGUGAAAGAAAUAUUCCUUGAUAUUGCUUUUUUCUUUAUUGGGAUGGACCAGGAAGAGGUAACUACAAUAUUGGAAGGCUGUGGGCAUUUUGCAGAUAUUGGAAUAAGUCUCCUAGUACAAAAGAGCCUCGUAACUGUUGAUAGGAAGAACAAGAUUGGGAUGCAUGAUUUGCUACGAGACAUGGGACGAGAGAUCGUCCGCAAGAAAUCAAUAGAGAUAAGCAAGGAGCCUAGUAGGUUAUGGCGUUAUGAGGAUGUGGAUUCUGUGUUGUCGAAAGCUACUAGAGCUUUAGAUGUUAAGGGACUAACUUUAAAGAUGUCAAGAAUGGACUCCAGAACUUAUAUGGAAACCAAAGAUUUUGAGAAGAUCAAUAAGCUUAAAUUUCUUCAGCUUGCUGGCGUACAACUUGAAGGAAAUUACAAAUAUCUUUCCAGAGAUAUUCGAUGGCUUUGUUGGCAUGGAUUUCCUUUAAAGUAUACACCAGAAGAGUUUCAUCAAGAACAUUUAGUUGCUGUUGAUUUAAAAUAUUCCCAUCUUGAACAAGUGUGGAAGAAGUCCCAGCUUCUGAAAGAGCUGAAAUUUCUUAAUCUUAGUCAUUCUCAUAACUUGAAACAAACACCAGACUUUUCAUACUUGCCAAAUCUUGAAAAGUUAAUACUCAAAGAUUGUCCAAAUUUGUCCUCAGUUUCUCCUAAUAUAGGAAAUCUCAAGAAAAUUCUAUUGAUAAAUUUGAAAGACUGUACAGGCCUUUGUGAGCUUCCAAGAAGCAUCUAUAAAUUGAAGUCAGUAAAAACUCUCAUUGUGUCUGGAUGUACAAAAAUUGACAAGUUGGAAGAGGACAUAGAACAAAUGACUUCUUUGACCAUUCUAGUUGCGGAUAAGACUUCUGUAACAAGGGUUCCAUUUGCAGUAGUAAGAUCAAAAAGCAUUGGAUUUAUUUCACUUUGUGGAUUUGAAGGAUUUGCACGUAAUGUGUUCCCUUCAAUUAUUCAGUCUUGGAUGUCUCCAACAAAUGGUAUCUUGCCCCUAGUUCAAACAUUUGCAGGCACAUCAUCUCUUGAAUUCUUUGAUGAACAAGAUAAUAGUUUCUAUGGUCUACCGUCUUUUCAUAAAGAUCUUCCGAAUCUUCAACGCCUUUGGUUUAAAUGCAAGUCAGAAGCUCAACUAAAUCAAACUCUAGCAAGUAUUCUGGAUAACUUACAUACCAAAAGUUGUGAGGAAUUGGAAGCAAUGCAAAACACAGCACAAUCCUCAAAGUUUGUGACUUCAGCAUCCACUCAUUGUUGCAGUCAAGUUCCCAGUUCAAGCUCACAAAAUUCCUUGACAUCACUUUUUAUUCAAAUUGGAAUGAACUGCCGUGUCACUAAUACUCUUAAAGAAAACAUUUUCCAGAAAAUGCCUCCCAAUGGGUCUGGUUUACUCCCAGGUGACAAUUAUCCUGAUUGGCUAGCCUUCAAUGAUAACGGUUCUUCUGUAACUUUCGAAGUUCCAAAAGUGGAUGGGCGUAGCUUGAAAACAAUCAUGUGCACUGUCUAUUCUUCUUCUCCAGGUGAUAUAACAUCAGAAGGCCUUAAAGUAUUGUUGGUGAUAAAUUGUACAAAGAACACCAUUCAGCUCCAUAAGAGUGACGCAUUAUUAGCCUCCUUUGAUGAAGAGGAGUGGCAGAAAGUAGUAUCAAAUACAGAACCAGGUGAUAUAGUGAAUGUUACGGUUGUUUUUGAAAACAAAUUUAUCGUGAAGAAGACAACAGUUUAUCUAGUCUAUGAUGAACCAAAUGAUAUAAAGGCAAAGCCCUGCCUUGAGUCAGAUGGAAAUAUAUUUGGUAGACUCUUCUUCAGACUUCCUUCACUUGUUCGAAGCAUUCUGAUUUCACGACCUUUCUGGAUCUGUUCGGCUGUUACUAUUGUUUGGCGGUCUCGCUUCCAUUCUAACAAAUGAAGAAGUUUAAGGAAAUGGCAUCCCAUAGCUCUCAAGGAUUCUGCAAUCCAGUAUCAUCCAGCAUCAUGGGACUAAAUUCCUAUGGAUGAUGUACAAGAUUUAAAUUGCUGUCGUCGUUUUUAUCCAUAAUGUUGCAGAAAAUUAUGGACAAAUGUCUUUUUUUUAAGGGAAAAAGUCGGACCAAAAAAAACAUUGGCUAGUGAAAAGGUUGACUUUUGAUGCCAGUCAAGGGCAUUGACUCUCUCUAAUUGCAAAGCAAGAGCAAGACCAUGUAUGUAUGAGAAGGCCAACAAGAAAGAGUAGAAAAUCAAAUAAUAAGGGCAAGCCAAAUUAAGGCUUAAUCAUGUUUUUUUUUUGUUUUUGUAAAAGCUUAAUCAUGUGUUUGAUCUCUGUCCAAAUGUUUGUAUGGUCUUUAUUUUUAAAGUUUUACCUCACAAAAAAAUAAAAUAAUAACGUGUUAAUAUUUUUUUGUUUGUUUAA